AUGUUUUGCAAUAGUGUUAUUCGAUUUUCGUGUUACAUUACGAGAAAUGUUCAAAGAGACUUUCACGUAACAAUUAAUCCUCUUCGCAAGAUAAUCAAGGAAUCUGGUGACGCUAGGACUGUCAAUACAGAAAAUGCAACUAAACCUCCCCGAAUAUUAAUAACAGGUGGUCUCGGACAAUUAGGCACGGAAUGCGCGAAGUUGCUACGUCGAAAUUACGGUAAUGAGAAUGUCAUACUAUCAGACAUUAUCAAACCAUCGGAGGAGAGCUUAGAGAAUGGACCUUUCAUCUUCGCCGACAUUCUCGACUUCAAGGGCCUGCAGAAAAUAGUUGUGGACUACAGAAUCGACUGGCUCAUCCACUUUAGCGCACUACUUAGCGCCGUAGGCGAACAAAACGUACCGUUAGCCGUCAGAGUCAAUAUCGAAGGAAUGCACAACGUUAUCGAAUUAGCGAAGCAAUAUAAGCUGAGAAUUUUCAUACCAUCGACAAUCGGCGCAUUUGGUCCCGACUCGCCGAGGAAUCCAACGCCAAAUGUCACGGUGCAACGACCACGUACGAUUUACGGUGUUAGCAAGGUCCAUGCUGAGCUCUUAGGAGAGUAUUAUCAUCAUCGUUUUGGUCUCGACUUUCGAUGUCUUCGAUUCCCCGGCGUAAUCAGCAGCGAUCCACCCGGCGGCGGUACCACAGAUUAUGCUGUAGCGGUGUUUCACGAGGGAUUGUUAAACAAAAGAUACGAGUGUUAUUUGGAGCCUCACACGAGAUUACCGAUGAUAUAUAUCGAUGACUGUCUGUCGGCGCUCUUUCAGUUUUUGAAUACACCUGAAAAAUUACUGCGUAGACGAGUUUACAAUGUCACAGCUAUGAGCUUCACACCUGAAGAAUUGUUCAACGAACUCUUCAAGUACAUACCGGAUUUGAAAAUUACUUAUAAACCUGACAAACGACAGCAUAUCGCGGAAAGCUGGCCGCAAGUUUUCGACGAUAGCGAAGCACGACGGGAUUGGGGAUGGCAGCAUAAGUACGAUUUACAGAGGCUAGUGGAGUUAAUGGUGCAGGAUGUAAACACGAAUUUUUUAACAAAACACCGACUGAAAGAAGUCAACAGCUAUGUAUAA